AAGUCUCUCUUUCCCCCAUCGUUUUCAUUCUCCGAAUAAUCCGGCAGUCUGAAUCCGGCCACACUCCGUCGCGCUCCUCAUUUGGGAGUGAGUUGCGAGAGUGAGGAUUUCGUCAGCGAUUCGAAUAAAGAACGAUAUUUUCUCACGUCCGGCCCACACAGUCGGCUGGACACAACUUUAUUAUUAACUUUACACUCUGUAUUCUUGUAAUUGGGUGUCGGAUUUCUCACUGUGAAAAGGAUUACUUGACGAUGGAGAUAGAAUGAUUAAGUUGUGAUUUUUAUUAUUUUUUUUAAAAAAAAGAAGAAAAAAUUUUUAGUUUUUUUUUUUUUGCGUUUGUUUGUUUGGGAUUUCUGUGAGUCAAAGAUGGAAACUCGUUGUAGGAAUAUAGAACUUACAAAGAUUGUUUUGAUCAUCGCGUUAUGGAUCACUCUAUUUUGGGCUCAGGUUUUAGGAAAUAUUGAAGAAGAAAAGAACGUGCACGUGAUCGGAGUUGUGGGAGGUGCAGCUAAGUUACCUUGUGACGUGGAUGUGUCGACUUGUGGCAAAGUGUACUUCAUCACGUGGACUAAAAAUGUAUCCAACGAGUGGAAGAGAUUAUACCUUUUCAGCGACGCUGUCGAAAAACCUUUACAAGAGCUCGCUAAUCCCGACAGAGCUGAUUUUUACCUUGAAGACUCAAGUGCUUAUCUUAAAAUAUCUCCAUUGAGGAUUGAGGAUGAUGGUACUUAUAAGUGUGAUGUUACUUACGUCCAGGGCAAGUGCCCCUCCCUCUCUUUUGCUACUCUAGUAACAUAUGGUAAGUAAUUUCCUUUUCUUUUCAUUACGUUUGGU